GGAUUCCUGGCCCGCGAGACGGUGGUCGAGACCACCGGGCAGAACCUCACCGGCGAGGCCGUCGGCACCACCAAAAAGAAGGUGGAGGACGAGCUGGACAAAGCCCGAGGCGGGGUGUUGUUCAUCGACGAAGCGUACGAACUGGGCAAGAGCAUGUACGGCUCCGAGGCCUGUUCCGCACUUGUUGCUGCUAUGACCAGUGAGAAGUACGCUGGCUUGGUGAUCGUUUUCGCGGGCUACCAGUCGGAAAUGCAAAAAAUGCUCGACACCAAUCCCGGGCUCAAAAGCCGGUUUAAGCAUUUCCUGGAGUUCCCCGAUUGGGAUGCCGCAGACUGUCUGGAUCUGCUGCAAAAGCGCGCUGUCAAGGAGAGUUAUGCAAUGGAAGACGCCGCAGCUGUCGAUCGUGUCCUGGAGAAAGGCUUCGAGAAGCUGCGGAAGUUGGCAGGCUGGGGAAACGCUCGUGAUGUCGACAGUGUUUGGAAAGAAAUGCUUGCGCAACGCGCUGAUCGUCUCGCGGGAUGCCCGGACGACGGGCGGCCAGAGCGUACGUUGCAGACUGACGACGUCAAGACUGCGAUCGAAAACCUCAUCAAUAUUCGGAUGGGGAACGUAUCCUCGGGCGCCUCUUCCGCUUCGAACGCGGAUCCGUUUGCGCCGCUGGAUAACCUUUAUCGCAUGAGUCUCGUAAAGGAAAAACUGCAGGGAAUCAAACUUCGCGCUGAAAUGGCCUUGAAAGACGGCGAGGACCCGCCGCCGCUUGGGCACUUCGUCUUCUCUGGGGCGCCGGGGACGGGCAAGACCACAGUCGCGCGCGUGAUGGCGGACAUCUUGGCGAGACUGCAACUCAUUGGACGCAAUAACGUUGUUGAGACGUCUGGUCUUGAGCUUACCGGCGAAUUUGUUGGUCACACGAAGAAAAAAGUCGAAGAAGAGCUGGACAAAGCAAAAGGAGGCGUUCUGUUCAUUGACGAGGCUUACGAGCUCGGAAAAGGGCAAUUCGGAACCGAAGCGGUCACGACACUGGUUGCCGCAAUGACAGAUCCGGCGUACGCGGGCCUCACCAUCGUCUUUGCGGGAUACCAAGCCGACAUGUUCAAAAUGCUUGACGCCAACAUCGGACUCAAGUCUCGCGUGAAACACUUUAUCGAGUUUCCAGAUUGGACUGCCGACGAUUGCAGUCACCUGUUUUACAAAAUGGUGACGGACAAAAGUUUCGAAUUAGAUUCCGACCGCACGAAACCGCUUCUCUUGAAGGGCUUCAAAACUGUCAUUCCACUCAAAGGUUGGGGAAACGCGCGCGACGUGCACAAAUUUUGGGAUGCUGUAAUGGAAAAUCGAGCCACGCGAGAAAACGUGACACCCUCGGGAGAAGGGACAAAGAUUAUUGCCGUGGACGACGUGAAACUUGCAAUGAACAGCUUUGUGGCGGAGCGACAGGGAACGUCCGCGAAUACAAAGAAACUUUCAGCAGACCCAUUUGCCGCUCUCGACGCCUUGUAUCGCAUGGACGAUGUGAAGAAAGUUUUGCAGACGCUGCGCGACGCAUACGAGAUAGCAAGCGUGGAUGGCGUAGAUCCGCCACCGCUGGGCCAUUUCGUUUUUGACGGCUCUCCCGGCACCGGAAAAACCACCGUGGCGCGGGUCAUGGCCGAAAUUCUGGCCAGUCUUGGUUUGAUUGCGCGCGGACACGUGGAAGAGACGUCGGGACACAAAAUGUGCGGCCAGUACGUAGGCGAGACCAAAAAUGUCGUUAAGGAUUACUUGAAUCGCGCCCAGGGAGGGGUAUUAUUCAUCGACGAAGCAUACAGUAUGGGACGCGGGCAGUUCGGCAAGGAGGCGGUGGACUCUCUCGUGGAGGCCAUGACGGAUCCUCAGUACGCGGGCGUCGUCGUGGUCAUCGCCGGCUAUCCCAGAGACAUUAGUGACAUGCUGGAUUGCAACGCGGGGCUCAAGAGCCGGUUCACUCAUAGACUGCCAUUUCCAGACUGGGCCCCGAAAGAUUGCGUGGAAUGCUUCAAGAAAAAGGCGGCAACGAAGGAAUUUCAGCUCGAAGCCGGGGUGGAGCAGAUUCUCUUGCAGGGCUUCAAGGUUCUCUCCCGGCUCGGUGGAUGGAGCAACGCGCGGGACGUCGGGGGGUUGUGGGACGCUGCGUACAGGGAGCGUGCCGCAAGAUCGAAGCAGACCGGAGAUACGAACAAACUUCUCACCAAGUCGGACAUUGAUAAGGCACUCCGUUCGAAAAUCGAUGACCGAAAGGCGGGAACUGACCAGAAAAGCAUGUUGGGAGGACGAGCAGCCGGUGACGACGAUGAAUCCGCUCCGGUACGGAUGGUUGACAGCAGUGCGGCGCCAUCUUCGUCGGGGCAAGUGCAGGACCGCGACCAAGACGUGGAAAACAAAAAUGAGCGGGAGGAGUGCGCAGAGCAGCAGUGCGAACUGGAACUCGAGGAGGUCUUGCUAGACGACGUGUCGGGCGACGGGGGGAAUGGCGGCCUCGAUCCUGUGUGCACGCCAGUCGCCGAGCGUGACCCCGGUGUCUCUGAUGAGGUUUGGAACGAGCUCCAAGCCGCAAAAGAAGAGGAAGAGCGGUAUGCUGCUGAGCUGGCGGCUAAAGAGGAGGAGCGGAAACGAAUCGAAGCGCAAAUCGAGGCAGAAAUGCGCGCAAAACAGGUACUCGUACUUCAUAUUCAAUUUUCGGCAUUUGCUUUGCUGGUUUGCAUCGAGCAAAACCCAGAUAUGUUUUCUCUCUUAGUACCCGACCUAAACACAGAACCAAACAUGAUCGAUGGUGCAAUUGCAUAAUAACAGCUCGCCAAAGAAGCUUACGAAGCGAAGAUGCGGGAACUGGAGCGAUUGCGUGCGGAGGAAGAAGCGAAACGCCGUGAGCGGGAACGAAUUAUGCAGAAGCUGCGCAAAAUUGGAAAUUGCCCUAUGGGUUUUGUUUGGUACAAAACGGGCGGAGGGUGGCGCUGUGCAGCAGGGGGUCACUUCGUCAGUGACGCGCAAUUGCACCGCGAUUUUUCGAUGCCAUGCUAGGUAGGUGGCGUCGAAGCAUACCGAAACACUGAAGUCAGAAAAUCCCUAUCCUCUUCUAGAAAAUUAGAGCUUAUGCAGAAGCAUUUUUUCUAUGUGUAAAGUACAGGCCUAGUUUAGUCAGUUGAAAUUCAUCACUAUUAUUUGAUAAUGUGACGAAUGUUGUAUAUACAACAGAGCAUACAGUUUUCUGUUUUUCGAUACAGUGCCGGUAGACAUGAUCACAGUAAAGAACUUGAAGACCACACAGAAAUCGUAACAUAAAAUCUUCAUUUGUGUAGCUGACAUUGUCCUAUUGGUAAGUAGUUUCCAAGAAGAGCGGUGAACGACCGAAAAUCUGUAAAAUUUCCCGGUGCCAGGAAUCACUUUGAUUCCCUCAUUCUUCAAUUUUUUGGCACCCAAGUCACCCAUUCCAACAUACAAGUUUGUUAAAACUCAUUCUUAUCAGAAAAAAAAUACAAGAACCCAUUCAGAUCUAGAAGCUUCAACGUCAUUCAU